AUGGCGGCCGAGCUUUCAUCGAACUGUGAGUGUCCUAACUGUUUGGAAGGUAUUCACAGUGAGUCUGACUGGAAUUCUUCUUCCAGAAGGAAAGAUGGCGCAACGCACGCCAGAUCAAGUAAGAAAUCCACACUUUCUCCCAUCAUGAAACGCUUUCUUUCUCAGUGUUAUUCCAACAGGCUGAAGAAGAAUAACAAGGAAGACCCUGGGUUUCUCCCUUCAGAGCAGGAAAGUUCCAUGGGCUUUUCUCAAAGACAAAAUCUCAGCGAGACAUCAAAGAACCCCAAACGGAAGACCAAACCCUUGAGAGAACUGACUAUCCAAGAACUACUGAGGAAGUUUGGAGACGGUGGGAAGUUCCCUCCGUACUCCAGGUCCUUGGGCCACUUUAGAAACCACGGGGUUGUGAAGUUCAGAAGAGCACUGUAUUAUUCUGGAAUCUGGGUAAAACAUGUUCGAAGCUCUAAACUGGAAAAGCACUUUUCAGCUAAUUAUUUCAAAAGAAAUCCCAGUAGCCUCCACCGGCUGAUUCCCUGGCUGAACCGGGAACUCACAGCUGUUUAUGGAGACAAUGGCUACACAGUUAAGAAUGUUCUAGCUGCUAUUCUCCAUCACAUGACAACGUUUAACUUAGACAGUGAAUCUUUCACUCAGCUACUGGAGCCUUAUCUUCUACAACAUACCCACCACUUUCUGCACGAGUUUAUCAGUUUUGUUCAUUCAUCUUACAGCAUGGAGACCUAUGACCAGAGCGCCGUCUAUCAGUGUCCUGUUUCAACAUGGAUGAAAAUCAAGAACGCUCUUUCAGCUCCAGUCUUGUCUUUUCCUGAGGAUCUCCCACUCAUGGUGUCUCAACAAGGAAGUACCAAGUGGUCUAAGAACACCCGGGUUCAAUGGAAUAAGUCUAGGCCGAGGCCUCCCCCUAGCUUGAAGCAGUUUCCAAAUGGCAAUAAUUCCUCACGAAAUCCCCAAACCUCAACAACCCAUCAGAAAAGACCAGACAAAUUCCAUGUCUGGACCGAAGACAAAUGGGAAUUAGAUGAUUUCAAGGGUGUGGUUUGCACUACCAAUUUGUUACUGGAUUGGGAUAAUCUCAGGGAAAGCAGCCCAGACACAGAGUGUUACAAAAACGAAAACCAAGAGAAGAGGGCAGAAGGCACAAAGCUGCUCCCGGGCCAUGUCCAGGACCCACAGAGGAGCAGAACAAGUUCCCACCUCCGCAGAGCAUCAAUGGAUUCUAAUCAGGUACCUCCAAGAAAGUACAAUUUAAGGAAAAGGAAUGUUUUGCGUCCUGGCCAACAGGUACAUUAUCAGAAAAAAGAAAAAAAGAAGCUUGAAGAAUCUUCAUCAAAGGGUAAUCAAAGAUUGCCUAGAGAAAGAAUCUUGAUAAACAGCAAAUCCAGAGAUAUGGAUCAUUCUAGUAAUUGCAUCUCUGGACCUUUCCCCUUUCCUACUAGAAAUGAUAAAAUGCUCGGUUCUUCUAGAAAAAAGAAGAGAAAGUACAACCAGUCUUCCCAGUGUGUAGAAGUUGGUUCACAACACAGUGCAAGAACCCAAAGUCUAUCCAGUUCCAGGACACCCAGAUCCAAAUCCUGGUGUGUUGAAUCCAGAAAGCGAUCCAUAAGCAGAGAUGGGGAUAAUCUCUAUACGAGGCGAAAUCACAGAAGGAAAUGUCUCACCCAAAAUAAAAGCCGUGGGCCAUCAACAGGAAGUGUGCACGGCUGUGAAUCCGCCUACAAGAUGGCAUCCUUGACCCCAGGCUACCAUGGCAAGGUUUGUUUAACCUCUGGGCAGAGACACAGCUGCGCCUCUACAGUUACCUGUGAUUCUCAAGUUGGAAGAGAAUGUGACAGUCUCACAGGCCAAUAGACUGAGAAGUAUCAGUCCCCAAGUAAGCCGCAGAAGAAAGGAAAGAACUCAGUCAUUAGAGCGAGGAGAAUCGGAACAGUUGGGCCCCAAAAAUCUCAUUGCCAGUGUGUGGGUACACAAACCACAGCAGAGUUCUAUGUUCAUUUGGGGAAUCUUAAUGAUCAAAGAUCAAUGAAUGGUCAUUCUAAAUGUGUGACUUCCUGUAGAGAGUGGGUUUAA